UAGCAUGUUGGGCUGUGAAUGAACGGCUGGUUUGGGUGACGGCGUGAGCGCGAGCGAGCGAAGGAGCGCGCUCCACUGAAGAGAGAGAGAGCGAGCGAGCGAGCGAGAGCAGGAGAGGGCGCGAGUGAGCGGGCCAUGGCCGGAGCUCAGUGACUGACUGACUGACAAUAGAAACCAGCGAGAGCUGCAGAAACGCCCGCAGUCCCAGGAACAGAAGCGGAAGGCCGCAGCCACAAAACAGAACGCCGCCUCUCGUUAGAUUUCGCCGAGCCUCCUUCUUCCUCUCCUCCUCCUCCUCCUCCUCGCACCCCGCAGGCAGCUCGGGCCGCGCUCGCUUGGCGCCCCUCCUUUCCCCAGGCCGACUCGCCGGGAAUGUGAGAGAAGCAGCCGCGGAGAAGAAGGAGGAGGAGGAGGCCUGGCAAGCGGCGGUCGGCUCGUCAGGAGGAGGAGGAGAAAGGCAGGAGAGGCCCCGGCCCGGAGCGUUGCAUGGGACCGAGUGGAAGCUGCUGUUGCUGCCGUCGCCGCCGCCUCCGAUCCUGACUCCGCCGCUAACGUCGUUUUGCGCUGGGGAGGCCGACGAGGCCUACCAGGCUGCGGCUGCUGCUUCUGCUUCUGCGGCAGGGAGCGCACCGCAGAAAGAGAGAGGGAGGGAGAGACACGCGCCGACGAGGCUUGCCGCCUUCGCUUCAACCAGGGAUCGCCCUCAUCCUUUUCUCUCCUUUUCUUGUCUCCGGAUUCUCUACCAGGAGGGAUCAAGUAGGGAUAUGUCCUCAGCACCAACCACUCCUCCAUCAGUGGAUAAAGUAGACGGAUUUUCUCGGAAGUCCGUCAGAAAAGCUAGGCAGAAGAGGUCGCAAAGCUCCUCCCAGUUUCGGUCUCAGGGCAAGCCUAUUGAGUUAACUCCACUGCCUCUGCUAAAAGACGUUCCAUCUUCAGAUCAACCUGAAUUGUUUCUAAAGAAACUUCAGCAGUGCUGUGUAAUUUUUGACUUCAUGGACACACUAUCAGAUCUUAAAAUGAAAGAAUACAAACGUUCAACUCUUAAUGAACUUGUGGAUUACAUUACAAUAAGCAGAGGGUGUUUGACUGAGCAGACUUACCCUGAAGUAGUUAGAAUGGUUUCUUGCAAUAUAUUCCGAACACUUCCUCCAAGUGAUAGCAAUGAGUUUGAUCCAGAAGAAGAUGAACCCACUCUUGAAGCAUCAUGGCCACAUUUACAGCUUGUAUAUGAAUUUUUCAUACGAUUUUUGGAAAGCCAAGAAUUUCAGCCCAGCAUUGCCAAAAAGUAUAUAGAUCAAAAAUUUGUAUUACAGCUUUUGGAGCUAUUUGACAGUGAAGAUCCUCGGGAACGGGACUAUUUAAAAACAGUCUUACACAGAAUUUAUGGCAAGUUCCUUGGUCUUAGAGCAUUUAUCAGAAAACAGAUUAAUAAUAUUUUUUUACGGUUUGUUUAUGAAACUGAACACUUCAAUGGUGUGGCUGAACUGCUGGAAAUAUUAGGAAGUAUUAUCAAUGGCUUUGCUUUACCUCUUAAAGCAGAGCAUAAACAGUUUUUGGUGAAAGUAUUGAUCCCUCUACAUACUGUUAGAAGUCUAUCGCUGUUCCAUGCACAGCUGGCGUAUUGCAUUGUGCAGUUUCUAGAGAAAGACCCUUCACUCACAGAACCUGUCAUUAGAGGUUUAAUGAAAUUCUGGCCGAAAACUUGCAGUCAAAAAGAGGUCAUGUUCCUUGGAGAGCUGGAAGAAAUAUUGGAUGUGAUUGAACCUUCACAGUUUGUCAAAAUUCAGGAACCCUUAUUUAAACAAUUAGCUAAAUGUGUCUCUAGCCCUCAUUUUCAGGUGGCUGAAAGAGCACUUUACUAUUGGAAUAAUGAAUACAUAAUGAGUUUGAUAGAGGAGAAUUCCAAUGUAAUACUUCCUAUCAUGUUUUCCAGUCUAUACAGGAUUUCUAAAGAACACUGGAAUCCGGCUAUUGUGGCAUUAGUAUACAAUGUGCUGAAGGCAUUUAUGGAAAUGAAUAGUGCCAUGUUUGAUGAGCUCACAGCAACUUACAAGUCAGAUCGCCAGCGCUUAUCCAAAGCAGCAGGUGAAACUAAUGAGGAAACUUCGGGAACUCUGGGCAGUUUGCGACUUGGUGAAAGUCGUUUCUUUUGUGAGACUUGGGGUUCCCACAAGCAAAGCGAAGGGUACUGUAUGUCAUCAAGCCUUGUUAGUGAGAAGAAAAAAGAGAAAGAACGUGAAGAACUAUGGAAGAAACUGGAAGAUUUAGAACUGAAAAGAGGUCUUAGACGUGAUGGAAUAAUUCCAACUUAACAAAAAGAAACAAAGCAGCAUUAAUUAACCUGUGGAGUCACACAUGUAUGUAGUAGAAGAUGGAGCAACAGUUUCUGUAUUGUGCAACUUUACAGUAGAUUUCACAUUUGUUUCAUUAUUACAACAGCACUGUAUAUAUCUGUCUCUAAGUAAAAAAAAAAUAAGGACUUCAAUCCAAAGUUUGGACAACAGAUGGACUUUUCAGAACUUUAAAAAAAAAUCAUUGUUUUAACCCUUUAAACCAGUCUUCAAAAGAUCUGUUGAUGAAAAUUGCUAUGUCCAAAUUCCAUUGUCAGGACCUGUUCCUUAUUUAUCAUUAGCAGAGAGUGAUACAACUUCAAAUGUGAACAAUCUUAAAUUUAGCUUGUGUUUCUGCUAAACUGUUAAAUGUAUUUAUAGUAAAAGAGAAAAAAGAUUGUCAUUUUCUUAUGAGUUUGUGUAACAUCUUUCUCCUGAUAGCUAUGAUGUAAUUUGACUUUUUUUUCUCCUUUUUGCACAUCUUCUUGAGUUGAAUGUUUAUACAGAAUAGGGCCAUGAAAAAUAGGAGUCCUUAAUACUAAGAAGUUUUUUUUCCUGGUAUAAGCAACUUUUGAGUACCAGACUCGCUUUGGUGCUCCUUCAGUGUGAACUUUAUAAAUAGUAUGAGGUGGUUAUAAUUAGGAUUGGAAAGUAUGCUCUGAAUUCAUCAAUGAAUCAAUUGACAGUGAAUCAAAGCUCAUCUCACCAAUCCUUAACUAAGUGUGCAGUGGCAACAACACAGACUUUAAUAUAUGAUCAGUGUUAAAUGUACACUGUUGAUCAUAUGACCAGAUUUGUGUUAGUAAUACUGAGGCUAAAUUAUUGUAUUGCUAUAUAUUUCUUUAGGCCAUUUGGAAAUAAUUUUUAAAAAUACACCAAUGAAAUGGGUCUAUAACUGUCAUGAUGGAUCGAAUAUGUGUUAACAGGUGAGGGAUGAGUUGAGUAAAGAGUUUGAAUUAUUUGAAGUUGUUGCUUUCCAUAUUACACACACACUCCAGCCGAAAAGAUAAGAAGAAGAAAAAAACACUAUGUAAUCUUUGGGGAGGAAAGAUUUAGUGGUGAGUUUGCACCCUAAUGGUAUUUCUCAUCAGAGUAACAUCUUGUUUGCUUUGGGCUGGAAUGGAUUAUGGAUAACAUGUUUCAGCAUCCUAAAGUUGGAUGCCAAUCCCAGUUUUAUUUGUUAUCAAAAGCAGUUCUCAAGAUCCUAUUGAAGGAAGAAUAGCCCAAUUCUGGCAAUCCUAAUGUCCUGAGUAUUAAUAAUAAAAUUUAAAAUGAUUUUAUAUCAAAGGUGCAUUGUGACCAAAUUGUUCUAGGUUUAAAAACAAAGGAAAAAAGAGGGCUGUAUUAUAAGUAUACAUUACUGGCUAUCUGCUUUGUAUUUAAAAGUGGAAUCUCACAUCUUUGGUAGAUAAAAUGCUGAUAAGACUUGUGUACAGUAUAUAUUUAGCUAAUGCAGGUGCAUUAUUAUAUACCGUAAGGUAUGUGUUUUUCAGGAUUUUUCUCCAGGAUGCUUUUGAACUGUUAUAGACAGCAUAUGACAACAGUGAUUGAUAAUCCUAAACCAUUGAUCCAGCAUUACUUACAGUAUAAAACUGAGUUGUUGUUCAUGAGUCUUUUGUGAUAUUUGCAAACAUGAAUUUACAACUGGUUGACAUUGACAAAAUGUGGUAUUAAUUAUUAAGCUUAUAUAUUUUUCUUCCUGCCAUAUAAAUAUUUGGUAGACUUUGUGGGUUUAUUGUUUUCGCCCCCAGCUUCAGCCCCAAGACAACUGGGAGAGAGAAAAAAACAAUCCUAUCUGACUAUAUUGGGAUUAUCAGGUCACAGUUUGUAUAUAUGGGUCUUUCAUACUGAUGGUGUGAAUUGAAGAGCUUUGUAAAAACUUGACACUGCUAAAUCAGGGCGGGUGGGGGAUUCAGAAGUAAACUAGUCAUAUAUAACACUGAACACAACAUGGUUUAAUGGUAUUAAUCUAAGCCUCUUUUAAGAACAUUGACUGGGACUCAAUGUAAACUUGGCAGAUGUUGCCGUAGGUGAAAUGUUCUAUUUUAAAAAGUGCUGGAGCAAAGGUGCAACCUGAAAUUCUGAAGAUGAAAUAAAUUUAUAACAAAUCAUAUCCCUUAGACCUUCUUGAUUUUGACAGUCCUUUUUUAUUGUA